CUUACACGAUGUCGUGAAACAAUGUACUUAAAUUUAAUGACAUAUGAUAAAACAAUAGUUAAGACGUGACUUAAGAUGGCUGCUAAAAAAUGUAGUCAACAGCCAUGCUGCAAACCUGUAAAUUAUAACCAGUGCAUUGAUAUGUCAUGUUGGACUCUAGAAGAUAGACGUUACUGUAAUAUUCCCAUAAAUAUCAAAUCUAUUGAUUGUUUCUGCGUGUUACACGAGCGAAAUUGUUUUUUUGAGGAAGAUCUGUUUGGAUAUGACAUCGACGAAGAUCAACACUAUAUAUGGGUUGAUGGUGGAUGCAAUGGAAUAUUUCGAGUUUGCAGUAAACAAGUAUCCAACAACAACUUACAAUGUCUGUCGAGAAAUAACAUCUUUAAACCAACGCACAGGACACCACGACCAACAAGAAAGUAUACACAAGGUGUAAAGAACAAGAGUAGCACAACACCACCACGUUAUAUAGGAAGCACAACAGUUUUACCAAAACAACAGGAAGCUAAAACCAGUUCCACAGGGUUGUUGAUAGUACUUCCGUUAGUUAUAUUGGCUGUUUUAGUAGCAGUGAUAUUACUAGUUUACAACAGGAAGAGGUUAAGAUGUAAAAAGACAGCAGUGAAAAAUAAAGCUAAGACAGAUGAAGACAGGCCUUACAUGGAGAGUAUAAAAUUAGAUCAUGAUAUCGUAUACGAUGAGAUUCGGCCUCGCCAAACUUCCGGUCAGGAGAAAAGAAAGAGUCAAAUUCCAAUUUACAACAUUUGUAGUGAUAACAUGGACACGAAUACGGAUGCAGACAAAGUGACAAAUGCUAAUUAUUACGUGCUGGAGAGAGAUACAGUUCAUCCGAACGUUAGAGUACCGGCGAAAAGAGAUUUAAGCAAAACAAAGUCUGACAGACAAGACGGCAGACCAAUUCCACUACCAAGAAGAAAACUAACUGGCAGAUUAUCGGUGGAGGAACAGGCAGGUUAUUUUGUUCCUGUGGAUGUUAAGAAGCCAGAUGUGGAUAAAAAUAAAGUCACUGGGAAUGAGUACUUCAUUCUUGAGAAGCAAAGUAAUGAUAAUGAAAACCGUUAUGUGCGAGACCCUGGCUUUGCUUUUAAACAACCAAACAGAAAUGUGGAAUAUUUUGUUCUAGAAAAAGAAAACGGUGGGUUUACUGAGACUUAAAAAAGAAUGGAAGAUUAUAUAUUUUUUUAUGUUUUCUUGAUUAUUGCGUAUUUUCAAAGAAUUGU